ACAGCCCCCCGCCUUUCGGGCCAGCUUAGUACGAGUCUCGACGCCGUAGGGACCGGACGUACGUUUCGUGUCAGUAUUACACUCGGCAAAUCGUAUUCGAACGGAUAAAGCGCAAACCACGAUCAUGUACAGAAUAGUGAUGUGAUAGAACAAUAGUGACUUACCUCUAAACAAUAGACCAAAUUACGGUCACCACAACGGAAGUUAUAGACAGGAAAAUAAUAUAGAAAACGGACCAGUGAUUAAUGUGAUUACUAUUGUUUUAAGACCUCGGUGUUUAGUGGGUUAUUUUUACAGGUGUUUACGGCAUUGAUAUAAUGGUAAUAGAUACUGAUCAUGUGGUGAUGUUGGAAUCAAGAGCGUAAAGUUUAAUGAGUGUACACUAUAGCGCGAAUCAAACUCUCAUUGGAACUGCGUAAUGAGAGUGUAAUAUUUUCGAACUGUAGUGGAAAUAGAUCAGAAAAUGUUGGCGGUAAAGAACUUUUUCAUGCCCGAGAAGCGGGUGGAUUCCCCAAGGUUCUCAAGGAUGCCUGAGGCCUUGAUGAGGUCUAUAAGGAGACGAUCACUAAGGGUGAAGAGGACUAAAUCCCUGGUACUAGUCAGCGAGAAAAGGAAGUCCGAUUCAUUCGUCAACAGCCAAGAAUGGACAGCAUCACGUGGAGUAACAGAACUCAGGGUUGGAGUGUUAGGUUCACCAGACAGUGGGAAAUCUGCUCUAGUCCAUCGAUAUCUAACUGGAGCUUAUAUGCAGGAGGAGAGUCCGGAAGGCGGCCGUUUCAAGAAGGAAGUCAUAAUCGACGGUCAUAGUUACCUCCUCCUCAUACGAGAUGAGGGUGGUGCUCCAGAAAUGCAGUUCACGGCCUGGGUCGAUGCCGUAAUCUUCGUGUUCAGCCUCGACAACGAGUUCAGCUAUAAUACCGUCUCGAAUUACUUCAAUAAAAUGUCGCACUAUCGGAAUUCCGCUGAGAUUCCUAUCAUACUGGUCGGAACCCAAGAUGCCAUAAGUGAAAGUAGCCCACGCGUCGUGGACGACAACCGUGCUCGCAAGCUAUCGAACGAACUGCGAAGAUGUUCGUACUAUGAAACUUGUGCCACGUACGGCUUAAACGUUGAGCGAGUAUUCCAAGAUGCUUGUCAGAAGAUUGUGGGGACGAGACUCUCAUCUUCGUCCCAGUGCCUCUCCGGAGGCUCAAGGCCGGUUACUCCACAACCGUUGGCGAACUCGCCCAGCCAUAAUCAUUCCACAUUUCUUUAUAAGGACUCCUUACCACGUGGUCACCACACGUUGUCCGCCUCAUCCCACCAUUUGCAUCGAGGCGCAUCAUCCUUCGACGCGUCGUCAAACAGCAGCGGCAUUUCUUCCACACACGUCGUCGAAAUCCACAGCACGAAUGGAUCUGACACGUCGUCGCGAUGGGGCAACUCACUAGGAAGCCACGGCUCUUCAACCGGCCUGGUUUCUAUCGCAACAGAGAACAACAAUGUCAAGUUCACGGCGCCGCAUUGCUUGGACAACCUGCAGCCAGCUAAGGACUCUAAAGAUCUGCCGACACCUUCAUCUACUCCCACAACGUCAAGAAAGUCUAGGAGAAGAUCGAAUCUGUUCACUCCCUCGAAGAAAGGAGAUGAUAGAUUGAAGAACGGUGAACUAGGGUCGGGUCGAGCGAUCCCCUUGAAGCAGGGAUACUUGUACAAGAAGAGUAGUAAAGCUUUGAACAAGGAGUGGAAGAAGAAGUACGUGACGCUGUGUGAUGACGGGAGACUGACGUACCACCCGAGCCUGCAUGAUUACAUGGAAGAUGUGAAUGGCAAGGAGAUAUCUCUGCAGUAUGUGACGGUGAAGGUGCCGGGUCAGAAGCCACGGGGCUCCAAGUCCAUCAUCACAACUGUCCCGGGGUACAAUGGAUACAGCAGUCUGGACAUACAUGAUAGCAUCGGAGGUCUCUCACUUGGCUACAAAGACAAGCCAACGCGAGCGACAGACAAGGCUCUCAUGUCAGCUUUCGACACGAUGAAGGAACCAGCAUCGAGCAGACAGUCCUUAGCAUCAGAAGUGGAAGUCGGAUCCACCAACGGACAGGAUAAGGACACGCCCCACGUGAAGAAACGACAUCGACGGAUGAAGAGCAGCGGGGUGAAGAAAGAUGGCGAUGAAGAGGGUGAAAGUGCAACAUCGUGCGAGUUCACGAUAGUAAGCUUGGACGGCAAGAGAUGGCGCUGGGAAGUGGGCGCGACGGGGUGCGCGGCCGCCGCCGAGCGGGACGCCUGGGUCGCGGCUGUCGAGGCGCAGAUACUGGCCUCGCUGCAGGGCAGGACGUCCCGGCAACCAGCCCCGACGGGCGCUAACUCCACGGGUGACGUCAGAGCCACCUACUACAUCAGGCGGGUGAAGGGCAACGAUAAAUGCUGCGAUUGUGGCGCUCCAGACCCAGACUGGGCGAGUCUGAACCUGGGCAUUCUGAUCUGCAUCGAAUGUUCUGGAGUACAUCGAAACCUCGGCUCGCACAUCUCGCGGGUGCGCUCGCUCGACCUCGACGAGUGGCCACUGGGUCAUGUAAGCGUGAUGGUGUCAAUAGGCAACGCGCUUGCCAAUUCAAUAUGGGAGGCGGACUUGCGCGGGCACAUCAAACCUAUCGCCACCUCCAGUCGCGAGGAAAAGGAACGAUGGAUCCGCCUAAAGUACGAGCGGCGAGCGUUCCUGUCAGCAACAGAGGUGGCGACCGGCAUAGACGCGCUGCGCGCGGCCAGCUCCCGCGGCGCCGUGUGCACGCUGGCGCGCGUGCUGGCCGUGCCGCCGCCGCGCGCGCCCGCGCCCGCAGAGCGCUCGCUGGCGCUGCGGGCCGCCGCCGCCGCCGGCCACCUGGCCGCCGCGCAGCUGCUUAUAUGGCACAACGGCAACCCGAACUACCCGGACGCGGAUGGGCACACGUGCGUGUUCUACGCGCGUGCCGCCGCCAACCACCUAUCAGGCAUCCCCACCCAGUACCCCAAGAACUUACAACUCACCUGCCCCCUGCACCCCAACCCCCCUUCCAACAACUCCUCGGGCACCAACUCCACUUCAUCCACGUCGAGCAACAAGUCAUCCAUCAAAAAUCCCGAACCGGAAUGCAACUGCAUUAUCUUCGAGCUCCUAAACGCUCAAAGCGCCGCAAACGCGUUAGUAGAGUUAUUGAUUGGCUUGCAAAAUAACCAGUACAUGAAUAACGGCUUCGAGUCCAACGGCGGUGGUAUUACCAGCUCUUUUAGUCACGGAACUCUCGGCAGGCCGUCUCUAGGCCCGAACUUGUCGCUCACCAACGGCAAAUGCGGCAGUAUUGUAUAGAUUAGUCAUUUUGAUGGGGUCAAACUUUUUGUAUGCUUCGCGCAUUCGCUGAGAUAUAGCUGUUAUAAUGCAAACUUGGUCGUCUUUAGUUCCAAAAUACAGUUUUUAAGCGUUAUCUACAGCGAAUGUGUCAAGCACCAAAAGUGCUAGAUAAAGUAUACGAGAGUAACUAAGUCUAGUGCAGUACAUUUAUAUUAUUAUCAUCACGAUAUCUCUCGAAUUUCAAUAUUAGCCCCUCACGAUGUCCUUGUGAUGUUUGUAUAUGUUUGAAACGUAAAAUACGAUUUUUAAAUUACCUUUUAAUGUUUACAUACGUAAUUGUGUACGUAUUUGUAAUAUUUAUUACAUUUUUCAUUGAUAAAAUGUGGAUUUAAAAUACGACUGAAAAGUUAGGACGUUAUGUAGUUACCAUUUGGGAAUUUUCGUGUUUUACUGAAUGUUGGAUCUAUGGAAGAGACACGUUGGUGCUAAUUCCAGUAUACACCAUCUAAUUUUAUUUUAAGUUAUAUUCUUAUCAUCUGUCAUUUUAUGAUCCGCAGAAAACGUAAGGGAUGGGUAAUCGGCAGGCAUACAAUUUAUGGAACACACGUCAAUUUUAUGCAGAAAUCUAACCGACCAUCUCAAAUUUUUUCGUUGGCUAAUAAACCAACCGCAUUAAAUUGACAGCACACGUCAAACGGGAUACGCACAGCGAGAUGCCUAUUUGAUUCGCCCGGGUUAUUCACUCAUUUACUCAUUCGUUUUAAAAUGAUCAACUGUCAAUUAUCCGUCCCUUUCGUUUUCGGUGGAUAAGAAAAUAACAGGUGUAAUUUAAAAUAAAAUUAGGAAGUGUCUGCAGAAAUCAGGACCAUUACAUGUAUAAAGCUAUGAUCUUCUAAUUUUCACGAUAAAAUAUAAUAUUACUUACACUAAAAAGUCGGUACUGAUACGACUUAAACAUUCGAGGUGCGCAGAAAUACGUGGAGCAUUCUGAAACUUAUAUAAAUUUAAAUUCGCGUAAGUUUUCAUCGGCUUGCAUAGUAAAAUAACUUCUUAAAUAAUGGUAGAGUUUACUACUGUGAAUUGUUUGGACUUACAUCUAACGCACGCCGCUACACGUCUAAAAAAAUCUCCUUUUCUUCACGAAUAUAAAAGUGACUGAAUGUAAUUUGUAAACAUUAUUAUUAUAAUAUUGUGUAACUUCCAAAAGAACGUGUUAACUAAAUAUUUUAAAAAAGUACUUAGAGAUUUGUGUCUGUCAAUUUAAAUUUAAAAAACCGGUUUUAGGAAAUUCUUAGUGAAAUGUUCAUAGUCUCAUUUACACAUAUCCAGUUGACUAGGUUUAUUUUACAUUCUUGGUUCGAUAUUCUGUCGUAGUGUCGUAGUAUAGAAUCAAAAUACAUUAGGUAAAUUCAUUGUUCACGGAAGACUUUUCGUUAUUUAACUUAAAGUAGAUGUAACUAGCUUUCCAUCUAGAAUUUACGAUUCAAUUCUUGUUUAUGGCAUCGCGCGGUAUUAUAAAACAUACGACGACGCAUAAAAGCGUUCACGCAGGCGUUCGAGUGAUAUGUAGUGACUUGCCGCGCGAUUUUGGUAAUACGAUAAAUAUUUGCAUUAAGAGCAAGAGCUGCGCUUUAUAGUUUUAAAAUGAUAGAUUUUGGAAAUCACUAACGAGCUAAUGUUGUUACGGAAAAUCGUUUUCGUUUUUAAAUAUUUGAUGCUAAAUUUAAAAAAAAACUUAUUUUGUAAGAUAUACUACUUACACUUACUUGUUACUUUUUGUUGUUUGGUUGGAAAGCUAGUUUCACUGAGACUCUUUCUAGAACUAGACUAGACACGUUGAAGUUCAGAAAGAAUUGCAAAUAGUAUGGUAAAUUAUAUUAGGUAAACAUAAAUUAUUGAAUUAGGUGCGAGAUCUCAGCUCAAUGCUAUGUAGGGUAAAUUAGGAUAAUUUUAGUGGUAACUAUUGUCGCUUUACCCUGUUGCCCUUGGGCGGUAGCCUCUAGUACCUUUAUUUUAUAUAAAACAUAUAAAAACUAAAAACCAUUCAUUCCAUAGAUGUUCUAAGUUUCCUAGCAAAAUACGUAUAGAGUAUCCUUGACUAUUAGUAGGUAACUUUAAAAGUGUUUCAGUAAUUCGAUAUUACGUAAAUUUCGGUUUACUAUCAUAGAUGGAAAAUCAGAAGUUAUCAUGGAAAUAGAUAAAUAAUUCAAAGAAUCUCGAAUUUAUUGGAACAUUCCACUUAUAUCUAACUUAGUUCGAGCCCAAGGGUUAAAAUAGUUGAUGUGAUAUUCCUAAGGUUUUCCCGUAUGAAGCCAAAUGUACUGAACCCUUCUGUGCCUGCUCUAGGUAGUUUACGCUUCUCAUCCAAACAGUAGACUGAGGGUAGUGGUAAAAAUAAUUAUUUUCUGAUAUCUGCUCUUAGUCUACGGUUUGAAGAUUUUCAAUGUUAAGUGGUACUUCGUAUGCAUCUGUUAGAGAAAUCCCGCAUAGGAUAAUAUAUCUCGUAAUUCAUGCAUUUAGUUCUUCGUAUUUUAGACUAGCACUCGAUUUCUCUUUCGGUUCGAAUUCGGUAUUUUUUGUAUUUAGAAUCUUUCGUGUAUUCGAAAAACGAAAUCAUUGUAGUUACAUCUCUAGCGUUCAGUGGUAACUUUAAUAUUCGGUACAUAUUUUCAGUAUGUUUUCCAUAUUUUUAUGAAUGUUGCAUAUCUAUUGUAGAAAAACGUGUUUCUUUUGUAUUUUCUAAAAUGGAAUAAGUUACUUUUUGUAAAUUUUAGCAAUAAAUCGUUUACCGACGUCAGUAUUUGAAAUUUGUAUAAAGUGCACCCUAGGAACGUAUCGCACGUUUUCUGUAUAAUUUUUUAAAUUAUUUUUUAAUAGUCUGUUGAAAAUUUAUUGAUAAUUUUAAAUUCGUUACCUUGAGUUUCGUUCGCAAUUUUAUAAGAUUUAUUUUGUAUAAUUUUGUGUAUAUUUUUUUGUACAGGCCAAAGAGCUUAACUUGUAAAUAUUAUGAUAAUGCAGCUAUAGUUUAGCUGAGCUAUAAUUAUUAGUCUUUCGUUAUUGUAAUUUUUAAGAGAUUUGUUGAUGUUCUUGAUCUUGUGAAAAUAAAUAAUGAACUUGA